AUGGGCACUCAAACAUUUGGCAAUAUACACAGAACAGACCUUUCUCCUCUGGCUAAUCUUGAAUGGAAACGUUUGCUCCAGCAAGCCCAGCAACUCUCGCCAGCCCUCGAGGGCCAGGUACACAACUUCUGUGUCCAGAUUGUUGGAGAACCGAUUUUUGAGAACAGCCAGGUCAAGAUCAGGGCAGACGUCCUGUCUGCGCCCGCACAGACAGGUGAGAUGGUGUCCUCUGAGUCACCACAACGCCGGGUGCUCAUGCUUCUCAGGAGCGCAGAUUGGCCCAUGAUUGAGGCAGCCACGGGAGUUGUCAAGCUUCUCCAGGCACAGUUCCGGGGUCAGGACAAUACCUAUAUUCUGGACUGUACGGACAUGCGCUCGGUGAUUGUUACCGCUCAUUCUCUGCGGCAUGACACGACGUUGCGAGCAGCGGAAUUCUUCAGCGGGGGAUUCGCAGGAUGGUCUCAGGCUGCUUUUCUUCUACAUCGUAAUGGAGUCCCGGCACACAUGGCAUGGACCAUUGACGUGGAUCCAGACUGUAGUGAUAUGCUAGCGCAACCAGCAUGGCUUGAGGUAUCUACACUACAGGACCUUUAUGCAGCCCAGAACAAACCUCACUUUCAUGUUUGCGCCGAUGUGACUUGGAACUGGUGGUUACGAGCUUUUAACUUCAGUCCCAUACAGCUGGCUUGUAUUUCGGCCCCAUGCCAACCAUGGUCCCGCGCGGGCAGCGAAUCAGGGGUGGCUUCCGAAGAAGGCAUGCUUAUGCUACGCAUCAUUGACAUCCUGGGGGUUUUUCGCACUCCUUGGGUUGCUUUCGAACAAGUCGCAAACUUCCCUGAUCAUCCGCACUUUGGUUUUAUCAUGAACGCGUGGAGCGAAGCAGGAUAUCAAAUCCUAUGGCGAGCCAGUCUUGACUUGGUCGAUGUUUUGCCUGGGCACAGGAAGCGUUUUCUGUUGGUACUUGGACACCGGCUGACAGCCUCCCCAAAAGCCUUCACAGUCGGAGCAUGGAACAUGGAAAAACGCCUGAACCUAGGAUUGGGUAAGGUUUUGAUCCCCCUGCCCCCCACCUUGAAGGCCGCCAACACACCGGACGAAGCGACCAUGGCCGUUUACAUGGACCCAUACUACAUCCCCAGCCCGUCUCGACCUGGCUUGCGCCCACAGCGUCCGAUUGACUUUCGUUUGCGCAAGGCAACGGAUGUUGCCAGCACAUUCAUGGCACAAUACCAGUUUCAGCACCUCCUGCCUCCGCACAUGCUUGAGAAGGGUAUUAUGGGAACACUUGUGUUGCAUGAAGGCAUUGCCAGGUUCUUCUCAGGGCCAGAGAUAGCAGCCAUACACGGCGCCGUCCGCCCGGUCUUCUUGCAUCAUGAUCACAAAGUGCAGAUGAAGCUGCUAGGCAACGCGAUAGCAGUGCCACAUGCGUUGGCGCCAUUGUCCAUUGUGUGUCUUGCUGCCGGUCUCCCUAAAGCGCCUGAACCUGCCGAAGCCAUAAGAUGGUGCAUGGCCUCCCGUCUUCACAACCGCAACACAGUGCUUAUGCCUCUAGGCACUGACUGGAUUUUCUGCCACCAGGAGCAGACAGCAGAUGUUCUGGCCAAUGUUGGGCAUCGCUUGGCCCCAGACCUCGAUGAACAAGUGCCCGAGGCCUUCAUCACGAUCCAGCUGCAGGUCCCGUCAGGGUCCAUUGCACUGCAAGCACCACCUGACAUGGAGCCUGCUCGCUUGUUCAGUUUUAUGGGUUGCCCGGAGGUUUCUGCCCGAUUGCCCUCUGACCUGUCCAGCCACCUCCAGGCGAUGUCGGUCCCGGUGGCAUAUCCACCAGGACUUAACCUCGGAGGCUUUGCUGGGAGUUGUGGAACAAAGGAUGGACUUUGUGUUGCGCUGACUGCCCAGGGCGCUUUCGUGCUUGAGCAUUCGACCCCUCGCACGUGGUCGCAGCUUCUCCGACUCUUUCGUGACAUUGAGCCCGGCCCCGGAGAACUAGCCAUCUUCUCGAUCUGCGGCCAGCGUUUAUUACACACUGACCAGUUCAGCUCCUGCAUUGUCGCAGCCCCGGAAUCUGAUGAUCUUCCGAUCCUGUCCCUGGCUGGCAUAGGGCCACAUGUCGACUGUAUUUCAGUGUGCCGGACCACCGGAGGCCUCAGGUUACAGGCGCAGGCCACCGCAGUACUGGAUGUUUGGAUGCGGCUGCCUUUUCACAUACUUGAUGCCAUCGGAUGGGAAAGCACUGCCACUUUUGCUCCCGCAGGGCAGCCUGGCCCGCUUGUGCUUGACAUGCGCCCUCGCGCCGACAUGUUGCACAUGCCCGCAGACAUUCUCCUGGAUGCAUGGCGCGUUUGGAUGUUUGUUGCAAAACUUGAGCAUUUUUCUGUGCCCAGCACCGCGCCAGGCGCUGAAGUUGAGGUUCAGCUCGUUGCUUUGCGUUUGUGGACAGGCCGCCUGCCUGCUUCUGUCACACUGGCUCAGAUCUCCACCUGGUGGCAGGCAGCAGCGGUGUCAUGCAGCUAUCCGCCCGGUCACCGUGUCUUCUCAGGCCCACACCCAAAGGUACCGGAGACCAUGCUGCAGGAAAUGCUCCAAGAUCCGUCUUCCUGUGUGAUUCGCCGCUCUGGCAGACUGCUGCUCACUGUACACCCAGAACUUCGCGGGGGUGGAGCCAAAGCUGACGCAGCCAAUUGGGCUAAGACUAAAGCCGCUUCCCUUUGCCUUGCCAACGGAGUUGAUCUCGAAGCCACACAGCAAUUUGUCGACCAACUUGCGGCCGCUGCAGGGGUCCAACGACUGUCACAGACCCUCCAAGAUGGCCCAUCAACUGACCGAUGGAAUGCGUUGCUUGAUGCGGCCAAAAACUUGGCCGCUAAGGCGGAAAACCGGGCCCGCGCCUCCAUGCAGAAGCGCCACAAGCAGAAUCGCAUGCACAUCACAGCUGCAGAGGUCAUUUUGUCACCAGGUUUUUUCCUCAACGAGAACGGCUCCCCAGCGAAUGUUCUCUCCUCAAUCCAGCCGGGAGUGUCAGGCAUCUUGCUCGUAGAUGAAACGGAUGCCAUCGGCCUUUUGCGGGCACUGCAUGGGGUACAACCAGAUGAGUUGGGCCUCCUCGUGCUCGGUCACAGUUGCCCCGCCCCAGAUGAAUGCAAUGGGCACUUGACUUUCCCAGCAACUUCAGCGGCCUGUGGUUCAAAACUUCUGCUGGCAGGUUGCCUCCACAACAUCGGCGGAAGGCGCAUACGCAAGCAAGCUGCAGACGACAUUCAGGUUGAGCUCCCCAACCAGCACUGCUGCUCAAUUGACUGCUAUGCAGACGAACUCGAAGCUGAAGCUUGGCAGACUAUCCUUCGAUCGCCUGUUAGAAGUGCUGUUGAGGCUUUCCGCAAGCAGGGGGCCGCCAAGCCGGCCCUGCCCUCACUUGCUGACAAGCUUUCCUUUCAGGCCCGGGUCGCAACUGAUAAGCUUGAUGCUCUUCUUGCUGCCAGCGGACACAAUCAUUUCUAUGCUACUCCCAGGGCCAUGGAUCGCAGCAUCUUGAACUCAUACGCCAUCAUUUGGAUCGGCAACUCACGUGCUGAGGCCUUGCGAGCCUCGCUCCAAGUGCCAGGCCAGUUGGGCCUCGCAAGAGUCAAGAAUCGCUACGGAUUGCGGGUUCCCGCCACACGCUUCGCUGAUGUUUUCGCGCAGUUGCGCCCUGGACAAAUGGUGCCCCAGAAGGUGACGGUGUCUAAGAUGUUCAAAAUAGGCCCCCUGCCACCUGAGGCCGGAGCUACGGAAAUCAUUGCAUGGGCCGGCAGGUCCGCGUGGAAUGUGCGAGUCAUCAAAAGCUUAGGAGCCCGCCACUGGUUGAUCGGUGCCAGCACAGACCCUGCAACGGAAUUCCCCACCUUCAACGGCCAAGCCGUUCUCAUUGAGCCUUUAAACAAGCGUGAGCAGGCACAACCGGUUGUGCAAUCUGGCACUCGACAGGCCCACGGGCUGAACAAGCCUGCCGCCAAAAACGCGCCCAACCUGGGCAGCACCGAGGAUCCAUGGCUACACUCGGACCCAUGGUCCCACGCAGUACGCUCCACAGCACUGGCCACUAGCUUUGCCAGCAACACUUCUGCAUCUUCUGUGCCCUCCUCCAACAGCGGCCGUGCUCUUGCAGGCCCCACGGAAAGCCGUUUCCAGCAGCAGGAGGCAAGGCUUCAAGUGCUUGAGGAAGGAUUGGAGGCCCUGCGGGUACGCCAAGAAUCCAAUCACCAGGAACUUGUUCAGCAACAAGCAGUUGAUCGUGACAGGGCUUCUGCCUCCAGUUCCCAAAUACAGGAGCAGAUGAGCAUGAUGAGCGCCGCUUUUGCAGAACAACUCUGCCUGUCCACUGAAUCAUUGCAAGGCACCCAGCGCCAGCAGCAACAACAGAUGCAGUCUAGCCUGGACGAGCUUAAGCACCUUAUGCUUUCCUGCCGCGAAACUCGUGAGCCCUCCAAGAAAGCGAAAAAGUCGGACGAACCAGAGCUGUGA